AAGCCUUGUAAUAACAAAUAUAUUGUGAUCUCAGAUUUGAUCAACAAACCAAUCAAAGAACUGAUAACCCAGAUUCCUUUUUCUUUAAAAUAUCCAAUAUUUUUUGUAUUCUAUUUUAUCAUUGACCUGCAUUGGACUUCGAUUAGGGUGGCGCUCCAAGAGUUGUGGGGGUGCUUGUUCAUUUUGAAGUGGUGAAGUUGUAAGUUUAAUACUUUUAAUUUUUUUUGGUUGCGAUGAUGAUUUUAUGGAGUUAACCAGAAUUUGACGAGAGGAAUGAAUUGGGGUGUUUAUAAAGAGAUAAUGAGUGGAGGGUCAUUGGGAAUUCGUUCAGGUAGUUAUGGUGUAUUGCCAAUUCAAGUGCCGUCAGCAACAAAAACUAAGCCUUUUAAAACGUUCAAGGAAAAGGAGACAUUCCUUCAUUGGAUAUGUAAGUUUGCUGGCCGGAAAAAGGUUGGAUUGCUGCUCCUUUGUGCCAUCUCUGCUGCCAUUUUUGUUUGGGUCUUAUACCUUGGCAAAGAUGAAGUUCAGGAAAGUUACAAUGUCCCUAUCCAUAAGGUAAAUGAUAGCUUGCCUCUAAAUAAUUCUAGAUCUCCCCUGAUAAAUGGAGUGCAAAAUAUCCGCAUACACAAUUUGACAUAUUCACCGGUCGAUGCGGAAGGAUCUGAAGUGCCCCCUCCUCCGUCGUAUUUUCUGGGCUACACUCUUCCAGCAGAGCAUCCAUGCAAUACUUUCACUUUACCCCCUCCACCAGCAGACAAAAAAAGAACCGGACCCCGCCCUUGUCCUGUAUGUUACCUCCCUGUGGACGAAGCAGUUGCCUUGAUGCCAAAAGUUCCAUCAUUUUCUCCGGUUCUUAAGAAUUUAACAUAUAUUUAUGAGGAAAACUUAAAUAAAGAGACAGAAUUUGGAGGUUCGAACUUUGGUGGGUAUCCUACUUUGAAGCAGCGUGAUGAUUCAUAUGACAUAAGAGAAUCGAUGAGCGUGCAUUGUGGAUUUGUCAAAGGAACCAAACCUGACCACGAGACUGGAUUUGACAUCGAUAACAGUGAUCUUCUUCAGAUGGAGCAAUGUCAUGGAGUGGUUGUUGCAUCAGCAAUAUUUGGAGCUUUUGAUAACAUGCUCCAACCAAAGAAUAUUAGUAAAUAUUCCGAGCAAACAGUCUGCUUAUAUAUGUUCGUUGACGAAGAAACAAAAUCUGACUUGGAAACGGAACAUGGUCUGAGUGACGGUAAGAAGAUUGGAUUAUGGAGAAUAGUUGUUGCGCAUAAUCUUCCUUACGCUAAUGGAAGGCGCAAUGGAAAGAUCCCAAAGUUUCUACUGCAUAGGCUGUUUCCGAAUGCUCGUUUCUCUUUGUGGAUUGAUGGGAAGCUCCAGCUUCUUGUUGAUCCGUAUCAAAUUCUUGAGAGGUUAUUGUGGAGAAAAAAUGCUACUUUUGCAAUUUCUAGGCAUUAUAUACGUUUUGAUGUGUUUGAGGAAGCUGAGGCAAAUAAAGCUGCUCGCAAAUACGACAAUGCCUCCAUUGACUUUCAGGUUGACUUCUAUAAAAAAGAGGGUUUGACCCCAUAUUCCGAGGCUAAGCUUCCCAUUACAAGUGAUGCUCCCGAAGUAUGUGCAAUAAUAAGGGAGCAUGUUCCUAUUAGCAACCUCUUCACUUGUCUUUGGUUCAAAGAAAUCGACCGUUUUACUUCCAGAGACCAACUUAGCUUUUCAACGGUAAGGGACAGGGUUGCAGCAAAGACGAAUUGGAGGUGAAUAUGUUCUUGGAUUGUGAAAGGCGCAACUUUGUUGUUCAGCUGAUGCUUUGGAAUAUGAUACCACUGUCAUAACAUCCAUCUGAGCAAACAUUCAUUUCUUUCAAUUGUGUCAUGAUGAGCAUAGCACGAAACACCAUAAAGGAGUUUUAGCGAUGUUGGCUCAGAUGGCUCCGACCGCCACCGCUAUCUUUGGCCAAUAAUCCACCUAGGAAAUCAUCACUAGAAAUCGCAAGUGUUUCGCCAAAGCAUAGAAGAGACUGGAGGGUAGGUUCAAGGUAAAAGUUUGAUUGAUAUCAACUACCCUUCUUUCUUUCCUCAACAUUCAGAAGCCUUCAUCGCCAACGGAUUGGGAAAUCAUGCAAGAAAGUUGCAAGUUGUGUUCCAUAAAAGAUUACAGUUUUUCCAAUAUUAUUAAACCUGCCCAUUUUCAUUCAUUUUUUGUUGUAUAUAAAAAUAUAGUCCCAAAUGAUCAUUAAGGUAACUCUUUUGUUGUUUCAUUAAAAGUCGAUAAAAUUACUUUUGCAUUCA